AUGGUAGAGAGUCCCAUUAACGAGACCAAAGCACAUUCAAAAGCUAUGUCGGAACAACUCAGACAAACAUUUGCUAACGCCAAGAAAGAAAACAGGAACGCUCUGGUCACGUUCAUGACUGCAGGGUACCCAACGGUCAACGACACCGUCCCCAUCCUCAAGGGUUUCCAAGAUGGUGGUGUGGAUAUCAUCGAAUUGGGUAUGCCUUUCUCCGAUCCUAUUGCAGACGGGCCCACCAUCCAACUGUCCAACACGGUCGCCUUGCAGAACGGUGUCACUCUGCCUCAAACUCUAGAAAUGGUCUCUCAAGCCAGAAAUGAAGGUGUCACCGUACCCAUCAUCUUAAUGGGUUACUAUAAUCCUAUCUUAAACUACGGUGAAGAGAGAUUUAUUCAGGAUGCCGCUAAAGCUGGUGCCAACGGGUUUAUCAUCGUUGAUUUGCCACCGGAAGAGGCCUUGAAAGUCAGAAACUACGUCAAUGAUAGCGGACUGAGCUUAAUUCCUUUAGUGGCGCCUUCCACUACCGACGAUAGACUGGAAUUGCUAUCUCACAUUGCCAAUUCGUUUGUUUAUGUUGUUUCAAGAAUGGGUACUACCGGUGCACAAAGUGCUGUUGCUAGUGAUUUGAAUGAACUUGUCUCCAGAGUCAGAAAAUACACCAAGGAAACUCCUUUGGCCGUCGGGUUUGGUGUCUCCACAAGAGAACAUUUUAAAUCUGUCGGUAGCGUCUCGGACGGUGUUGUGAUUGGAUCCAAGAUUGUCACGCUGUGUGGAGAUGCUCCAGAGGGCAAGAGAUAUGAUGUCGCUAAGGAAUACGUAGAGGGAAUUCUAGAUGGUGCCAAGCACAAGGUUUUGUCCAAAGACGAAUUUUUCGCCUUCCAAAAGGAUUCUUUGAAGACUGCAAAUGUCAAGAAGGAAAUACUAGACGAAUUCGAAGAAAACCAUAAGCAUCCAAUUAGAUUUGGUGAUUUUGGUGGUCAAUACGUUCCAGAAGCCUUGCAUGCAUGUCUGAGAGAGUUGGAACAAGGUUUCGAUGAAGCUGUUGCUGACCCUACAUUCUGGGAAGAUUUCAAGUCUUUGUACUCCUACAUCGGCCGUCCUUCUUCACUACACAAAGCUGAGAGAUUGACUGAACAUUGCCAAGGUGCUCAAAUUUGGUUGAAGAGAGAAGACCUAAAUCAUACCGGGUCUCACAAGAUUAAUAACGCCUUGGCACAAGUUCUUUUAGCCAAGAGGUUGGGUAAGAAAAAUAUCAUCGCUGAAACCGGUGCUGGUCAGCAUGGUGUAGCCACUGCGACUGCAUGUGCUAAGUUCGGGUUGACUUGUACCGUCUUCAUGGGUGCAGAAGAUGUCCGUCGUCAAGCUUUGAACGUCUUUAGAAUGAGAAUCCUUGGUGCCAAGGUCAUUGCCGUUACUAAUGGUACCAAGACUUUGAGAGACGCCACUUCAGAAGCAUUCAGAUUUUGGGUCACUAACUUGAAAACCACAUAUUACGUUGUCGGCUCUGCUAUUGGUCCUCAUCCAUACCCAACUUUAGUUAGAACUUUCCAAAGUGUAAUUGGUAAGGAAACCAAGGAACAAUUCGCCGCCAUGAACAACGGUAAACUACCUGAUGCUGUCGUUGCAUGUGUCGGUGGCGGUUCCAACUCCACGGGUAUGUUCUCGCCAUUUGAACAUGAUGCCUCUGUUAAGCUAUUGGGUGUAGAAGCUGGUGGUGAUGGUGUAGAUACAAAGUUCCACUCUGCUACUCUAACCGUUGGUAGACCAGGUGUCUUCCACGGUGUCAAGACCUAUGUCCUGCAAGACAACGACGGUCAAGUCCAUGACACUCACUCUGUUUCCGCUGGGUUAGAUUACCCAGGUGUUGGUCCAGAAUUGGCAUACUGGAAGUCCACUGGCCGUGCUGAAUUCAUUGCAGCCACCGAUGCUCAAGCUCUACUCGGAUUCAAACUAUUGUCUCAGUUAGAAGGUAUCAUUCCUGCUUUGGAAUCCUCUCAUGCUGUUUAUGGUGCUUGUGAGUUGGCCAAGACAAUGAAGCCUGAUCAGCAUUUGAUCAUCAAUAUCUCCGGUAGAGGUGAUAAAGAUGUUCAAAGUGUUGCCGAAGUCUUGCCAAAAUUGGGUCCAAUGAUUAACUGGGAUCUGAGAUUCGAAGAAGACCCAUCUGCUCAAUAG